AUGGACGGCCAACCGCAAAUCGACCUGGACAAGCUUUCCCUUUCGGAUCGGAAAGAAUUGAACCAGUUUCUGCAAAACGAAACCCAGAAAUCCACCAUACAACAAACUGUCCACCACCUAUCGGAAAUCUGUUUCAAAAAGUGCAUCACCGGAGGCAUCUCUGGAAGCCAACUCAGCUCAAAGGAGGAAGCAUGCUCGCAAAACUGCGUGGACCGAUGGAUGGACGCAAACCUGUCUAUUCUUAAACACCUCGAGUCUCUGCGUAAUUGA